CCUCCCCCUCCCACCCCCUUUUAUCUUCAUCACCUAAUUCCCGCCACUUUCCCACCUCCCCUCCAUCCUCUCCUUUUCCCUCUCCCAUCCCUCAUCUUCACGCCUGUCUCCUCUUCUCCACAUCUUCAUUGCUGCUACUGAGGUCAUUCGCUCAAAGCAGCCUGUACAUUAUUGUACCACCACUUGCAUUCCAAUUCCCUGAAUUUUCCGUUGAUUCGGUCAUUGGGUUCGCUGCUGCCUGACCCCUGCCACGGCCAUUGAUCCAUUAUUCCCAAUAAUUACCUGGUCACCUUUGUCCACCAGGCUUCCCGCCGGUCGUAAUAUCCCCGUCAGUUUUGAGUUUUCACAAUGGGCCUCGCUUCAAACAUCUUCUACUACACCUUUCACCCCUCAGAACUGAGGUCGAUAGUGCAAUGGAAAGUCUGGCACUCACCCGUUCACGAACGCAAUGAGAAGGACGAGACCGAAACCCAGAAGGCCUGCUUCAAGUUCCUCGACUUGACCAGUCGCAGCUUCAGCGCCGUCAUCAAGGAGUUACAUCCCGAGUUACUGCUGCCUGUCUGCGUUUUCUACCUGGCCCUGCGCGGCUUGGAUACCAUUGAGGAUGACACCUCGAUUCCCUUGGAGACCAAGGAGCCUCUCCUGCGCGGCUUCAAGGACUUCCUCGAGCAGGAUGGCUGGACAUUCAACGGCAACCGGCCGGAAGAGAAGGACCGUGAGCUGCUGGUUCAGUUUCACAAUGUCAUCACGGAAUAUAAAAAGAUGAAACCGGCCUACCAGGCGAUUGUCAAAGACAUCACCGACAAGAUGGGCAACGGUAUGGCCGACUACUGCCGGAAGGCCGAACUCGAGGACACCAGCGUCACGACCACGGCCGAGUAUGAUGAGUACUGCUGGUACGUGGCGGGACUGGUCGGAGAAGGCUUGACGCGUCUCUUCGUCGAGGCGGAGUUUGCCAACCCGGCCCUGCUGGAGCGCACGCGUCUGCAUAAGUCGAUGGGCCUCUUCCUCCAGAAGACCAACAUCAUCCGGGACGUUCGAGAGGACAACGAUGAUCGACGUCGCUUCUGGCCCAAAGAAAUUUGGUCCAAGCACGUCAGUGACUUUGAUGAUCUGUUUAAGCCCGAGCAUCGUGAGGCAGCGCUCAACUGCGGCUCUGAGAUGGUCUUGAACGCAUUGGAACAUGUGGAAGACUGCUUAUUUUAUCUGGCUGGUCUCCGGGAGCAGAGCAUCUUCAACUUCUGUGCCAUCCCGCAGUCCAUGGCCAUUGCCACCCUGGAGCUGUGCUUCCGUAACCCGGCGAUCUUCGAAAGAAACAUCAAGAUCACCAAGGGCGACGCGUGCAGGCUGAUGUUCGAGUCCACCCAGAACCUUCGGGUGCUUAGCGAUACCUUCCGUACCUACGCCCGCCGGAUCCAUAAGAAGAACACUCCCAAGGAUCCCAACUUCCUGAAGAUCAGUUUGGUCUGCGGACGGAUCGAGAAGUGGAUCGAGACGAUCUUCCCCACUCAGUCUGCGGAGGUCGCCCAGCGCCGCGUUACUGGCGAGCUGACCGAGGCUGAGAAGAAGAAGCGAGAGGAGGAGGCUGAUACCCGCCAGGAUGUGUGCUUUAUGAUGGGCCUCAUGCUGGUGAUUGUGAUCAUCGUCUCGUUUGUAAUGAUUGGCACUGCCUGGUUGUUGGGUGCCCGCUUCGACCUCGCUUGGCAAGAGCUGAGGAAGGGCAACUUCCGGCCGCCUGAGAGUCUGCGCGAGCUGGAGAACAAGGAGCUGUAGCUUGUUCCAGCAUCUUCUACGGAGUUACGACAUGUCUUGAUACUGCUUACAUAGUGACCGCGGCUGGCUCAUGUUCUAUACCUUAUUUCGCCGCCUGACCGCCAUAUUUUAAUACAUCGACUUGACCCUGAUUCUUUUCUUUAGGUUCACUAGCACGGAUGUCAAAUUGCAAUCCAGCCUGUCUAUGACUGUGGUUGUGCCGAAGAAGUGCUGAUAUUGAGAUGAGAAUAUUCUUGACCAGCGACGUACUAGAUGUGUGUCUUGCAACUUAACUGUUGCCAUGGCAAACAUCCAUUGAAAGUCCUGGAACAUAUGUAAUUCCCAGUUAAUCGUUGAAUGAUACGUCUUUCCUUGUUGCAUCUGUGUCUAUAAUAGUUAACGU